GAGCGAAUGACUUGCGCUCUACGGCUUUCCAUCACCUGAACAUCCUGGACACAAUGCAACUCCAUCGCACCCUCGCACUUGUCUGUCUAUAAAGAGGGUCAGGAAGAGAGUUCCAGCCUCCUUUGUGCUCUGAGCAAGCGAGAGGCUAUGUCUGAAGAGGAGGAACAUGACAUUAAAGCUGAGGAUGAGCUUGCCAAAGUACUUAGAGACUUAGGAAUUAAUACAACUUAUUGGAUUCCAAAACUACGAGAUAUUUUGGAUAUCACCAAUGUACAAGCAUUGCAAUAUUUUGGCCCUGAGGAAUUUGAAAUCAUAGAACCAUAUUGCCGGCAUUCAUGGGAGAAAAAGGCAUUGUGUACGUUAUUGGGAAUGUCGGGCAAUGAAGUUGUUUUAAAACAAUCACAACAAUGUGAGCCAAUUGGAAAUAAACAGAAGCAAGAUGCACCAGCAAAGCAGCAUCCAGAACAAAUCCAUCAGAAAAGAUUAAUUCACAGUGGUGAGGCCAACGUAGAGACUGAGACAGAGCAGCAAAUGGAAUUGAAAGGAGAAAAAGAAACCCCAUUAUGUGAUGGCAGCCAUUCCAAUGAUAUGGCAAACACUUCUCUAAAGCAGUUAGAUUUAGCAGACAUUUCAACUUUACUUGGGACUUUUUCACAUCUAAGUCUUUUACAAAAUGCAUCUAAAGGACUUGCUUUGGAGGGGGUGUAUCGAACUGGUCAAAUAAAAGAUAGGUUAAAGAAAAGAGGCAAACUCUUAAACAUCCCAAUGUCGUUUGAUCUUGCUGGGCCAGUACAUCAGCCGAUGAUAAAGAAACAAGAGUUUUCAUCAUCUGAAGAGGAAAAAAUACUUGAGACAGCAAUGGAAGUAAUGGGAUUCAAUACCAUCACGACAGAAGAAGGUUUCCUACAGUCCUUGAAGGAAGAAAUCAACUCGCAGCAUAGCAAGGCAUUAUACAAUGAAAAAAAGCAACAAGAUAAUCCCACGGAUACCUGCAUUCAUAGCGCCAAAUACCUGUACCUACCAAUUGCCUCAGGUAGUCUUGACUUUAAUCAACUCAAGCUCUCUGAUGAGGCGUUGGAGGAAAUACAAAGCGUUGAAAACACUUUAAAAACCGCCAAGGAUUCUUUUAAAACGCAUGUGCUAAAAAACAGGUUAAGAAGUUUUUUUGAGAACUUUGGCUCUCAUGCCCAUACAGGCCCUGUCCACUUUGGUGGGAUAUUUAAGUGGAAAGCAUCAGCAGAGGGCAUCAGUUCAGAUGAGGUAAAGGAAGACAGAAAUAUGCUAUCGGAGGCAGUGGAAAUGUAUUCCACUUCUGCCUACAACAGCAGUGGUAGUGCAGGUGGUGUGAGCAUGAUGGCAUCCGAAUUUACCACGGAAUUUUCUGAAAAAUACAAUGCUCCACUUCUUAGUAAGGUGACAUUUUCCGUAGGUACAAUAGGUGGAUCACCUGGCAUUUGUUCUCUUCAACAAUGGAAAACCGACAUUGUAUCCAACACCAAGACGUGGUCUGUCAUUGAUCUAGGCACAUCAUUGGUUCCAGUGUGGGACAUUGUCAAGUUUAACCACAAGGAUGAUUUUCAAAAUACCUUGAUAGCUAGCAGGCUCAAGGAGGCAUACACACUUUUGACAAACCAAAAUCCCAAUUUUUGUCUUGAGACCAUAUUGGUCUCUGCUAAUGCUAAAGCCAGGUCAGUGAUGCAAGAUAUUAAACAUUGGCAAGAAUCCGACAUGGAAAAUAAUUUAAAAAAGAUACUUGAUUUGAAACAGACGUUAUAUGAUGAAACGAAAAGCAAUUUAACUUGGAUAAACACCUGUUUAUCUCACCCAGCCCUCCAAUCAUUUUGGUCAAAUCUUGUUACAGCACCUGCCAAAACGGUGAAAAUAACAAAGCUUAUGCGGUCUAUUAUGGAGCCAAACAGCUGUGACGUUGACAGUUUUCCACAAUUCGCCUCCAUUAUGCAGUGGCUGAAUGAGUCUGAAGGAGUCCCUACUCAAUUAUCUGACUUUAAAGAUCUCGUGAACAUCUUAACAAAAGCAAAAGAACAUUUGAAAGUUGACUUUUCACCAACUUAUUCAGAAAUUCAUGGAAAAAGAAACAAAGAAAUCACACAUGCAUUUAAUUCAUUCUGUCAAUCACUGAGAACAACAAAACGCAUCGAACAAGAGCUACUCAUCAUUUCAGUUGCUUCUGCUGUUGGCUACUGUGUAAAAGAAAAACGAUUUCAGCAUCCCCUGAAUUACGACAACAUUGAUCAUCUUCAACGUGCACUAGAGUCAUCUUACGGAGAGUACUCAAGACUGAUGCAACAAGACAAAUCCAGAGCUCAGGCAUACGUGUUACGGACAGGUUUGUCUAAUGCACGGACUCUUGCCGAAAAACGAAAACAGUUCGAUUUCAUGAGAUCCCAGGUCGAAGAAACAAUGUGUGCUGAAGUUUCCCAUGUGAUUAAAUGCAGUGAAAUAGGGCCAACUGACUGGAAUAAACUUGAUAUGAUGCUGGAAUCCAUUAUCGCUGGAACUUCCAAAGAACAAACAUGUAGUUCAAAGAAAGAAUGUACGAUACAAAAUGCAGGAAUAAUUUCCCAGGGGGGGUGUAAAGAGGACACAUAUUCAAGGCAAGAAGAAUUACAAAAUAAACCAUCUAUUCAACCACAAAGAAAUGAUGAUGAUGAAAAGUUAAUUAAUCUGCUUGAAAGACUCUCGCUGAUAAAAUACUACCCCAAAGAAUUACACACAAGUGAUGUAUGUGUUAUCAACAGGUCUCCAAUUCAAACUAACCCUGAUCGAUGCACAGAACAAGAACUUGCUCUUUCGUAUCUGCAAAAACUGAUGAUGAUUGACUAUCGAGCAAGAUGUGUUAGUUUUCAGUGUGAAAAUCAAAACCAAGGCAAAUUAAACAACAUAUCUCAGUCCACGAAUACAAAUAAAAGCCAUAAUAGUGAUAGCUUCUUUUCUGAUGAUAAUGAUGAUGACGUAAUAAAUAACAGCGAUGGGCCUAGGACAAACACUGAAACCUACAUUCACCCUAUGGACUUACAAAUGGCAAUUUUCCAUUGUGGAGACAAUUUUGUAAGGCAGUACAUUUACACCAAACUUUCAUUCAUCCAGUUCGCACUUCCGCUUUUAGUUCCAAAUCCUUGUCGUUCAGAAAUAGAAUUCCCUAUAUGGUCAUUCAGACAGAUUAAAAAGAGCUGGAAAUACCGUGAUGCAUCUACCAAAAAAUGGCAAUCUAAAAACUGUGCAAUAACUGAUGCCAACACACCGCUAGUGUCCUUCGUAAGAUUUGGUGAAUCACCUGCAUCGAAAUCUCAAAUAAUGAACUCUCUGCUCGGCAAUCAAACGCAUCGAGUUUUUUUUAAUAGGCACUGCCGAGGCAGCAGCAGGAAUGGUCAACUAAUGAAAGGAGUUGCAGAGAUCGCCUGGUAUCUUCCAGGUGCGAAGGACAAUGAUGUAUUUAAUGACUGCAUAGCAUUCACUAAUCUCCAUGGAGAUGCAAGAGAACACAAAACACAGGUAACAUUUUUACAUGAGAUUUCGUCUAUAAAUGUAAUUUUACUGUCAGAUGGUGAUCGCAAUGAAGAAGGCAAACGUAUCUUAGACGAAUGUUUGAGAUCUCCAAAGCCGCUAAUUUGCCUCUGUGCUGACAAAAAGAGAGUUUCCAGCAGAGUAUCUGGAACAAACGCGAAAAUUGCUGUCGAGAAUCGAAAUGAGGCUGAGUUAAUCGAUGAAGUGACAUCAAUAAUCAAUUUUUUUUUAAACAAUUCAAAAAUAAAAAUAAACAUCGAGGCUUGCUCAGCUAUUGCAAGACAGCAUGGCUUCAUUGUUGAUGAAGAUGAUAAACAAUGUGAAGAGGGAAAGGAUAUGGCGAAAGUUUUGCUGAGUCUUAUAAGUGACAAGCCGCUGUGUUCCAUAAAGGAGACAUUUUUGCCUCUUCAAGGGAAAUUGUGGCAGUCGUGGUGCAAGAAAGACAAAGAAUUGAAACGCAUGACGGUAAGGGGGGGACAAAGUAUUGAGGAAUACAAAAGUAAUAUUUUAGGAGAAAAAACACGCAUUAGGAAAGCACAGCUUGAAAAAGCAUUUCCUCUUAACGAUUUUAUGAGAUCAUUGAUUGAAAUUUUGAACCAAAAGGCAUGCACAGUAAAAACAUACUUUCUGCAUUGGCUACGCAUAUACUUAGAUAAUAUGUCUGCAGAUCGCUUAUCACAACUUCAUCUCACUUAUCAUCAGACCUGGAUGGAAAUAAAAGCGUUGAAAAUACAAGCUUGUAACACGAGUGCCAUUGCUACAAAACAAUCAGAGUUGGAUAAAAUAUCAGAAGAACUUGAAGCCUCUUCCUUUGGAAUCGAUCACGUUUUUAGGGAAGUUGGUCAGAUCUACGAAGCUUCACAGACAACGCCAUCAGUUGACAAACUCCCAGCUACUUUGCCCAAGAUUGCUGCAGAAAUGAUGAUCUCUGGAUUUCCUCUUGAACUCAUGGAUGGUGAUGCUGCACAUGUCCCACUCAUUUGGAUUAGCUCAAUCUUGGACGAAAUCAUUGCUAAAAUUGGGAACGUGAAGCUGUUUGUUAUCUCAAUACUGGGAAUACAGAGUAGUGGGAAGUCCACGCUACUCAAUGCCAUGUUUGGUCUCCAGUUUCCUGUUGGCAGUGGGAGAUGCACCCGAGGGGCCUACAUGCAGUUAGUGAAGGUGGAGGCAGAGUUCAGUAAACAGCUGGGAUAUGACUUCGUGCUGAUAGUCGACACAGAAGGACUGCGUUCUGUAGAGUUGUCAAAUGCAACACGUAGUCAUGACAAUCAGCUGGCAACGUUUGUGAUUGGGCUGGGAAACAUGACCGUGAUCAACAUUUUUGGAGAGAACCCUUCUGAAAUGCAAGACAUUCUACAAAUUGCUGUGCAGGCGUUUCUGAGAAUGAGGCAGGUGAAGUUAUCACCGAGCUGUGUGUUUGUCCAUCAAAACGUAGGAGAUGUGACUGCUCACAAUAAGAACAUGGAGGGAAGGAGACGCUUUCAGGAGAAACUCGAUGAGAUGACCCGCAUGGCUGCAGACCAGGAGCAGUGCGCUGUUGCAUCAUUUGACGCAGUGAUCAGGUUUGACGUGAACUCUCAGAUCCGUUACUUUGCUCAUCUUUGGGAGGGAGACCCUCCGAUGGCUCCGCCAAAUCCAAGCUACUGCCAAAAUAUUAAAGACCUUAAAGAAAUGUUACUUAGAAAUGCCAAAAAGGAAAAAACAGUCAAUGUCUUGAAGAUAUCAGAAUUCAAAUCACGCAUUAAAAAUCUAUGGACGGCUUUGCUCGCAGAAAACUUCGUUUUUAGCUUUAAGAACACAAUAGAGAUCGCAGCUUAUACCAAACUGGAAGAAAUGUAUGGAAAAUGGACUUGGGAACUCAGGAGUCAUGUUCUUCAGCAGGAAAACAAACUCUAUAACAGCAUUGAUAACAAUACAGAUACAAUGACACGAUUACAGAUUGAACGAAGAAUUUUGUCAAACUAUCAGGAUAUUAAAAAGAAAAUGGAAGAACAUUUCAAUAGCGCAGAUGAUGCAGAAUUGUUGGUUCAAUGGAAAGUUAAAUUCGAAAAAGGAUUUGAAACAUUGAAAGAAGAGCUAGUAUUUGAUGCUUACAAAAACUACUCUGCCCUGAUGGCUCAAAAACACAAAAAACGAAAUCUUGAUCUGCAGAGAUCAAGUUAUGAAGAUCAACUUAUUAGAAAGAGCAAGGAUUUGGCUUCAAUAUUGAGAGGAAAUACAGUAAAUGACGAAGAAUUGAAGAAUGAUUUUGAUAAAAUCUGGAAGGAGUGGAUUAAAGUGAUAAAAGACGGUAUGACCAGCCCUGCAACGCUUGAUGUAAAAAAAGAAAUUAAAAACCUUCUUUACGACGUUUACGAGAAUCAAACUCAACACCUAGAAACAGUGAUAUUGAACUAUCACUUAGGGACAGAACUUAACGUUAAUCAAAACGAACACAUUAUGAUGAACGCGACAUGGCUUGGAGCUCGGAGUCACCAUUUCAAAGAUGAGGAUACUGAGUUAAUAAAAAUAAAAAUUACUGACAUAAAAUACAAAGUCAGGAGCUGCAUUACCACCCAGGAGAAACAUAAAACCAAUUUCAACCCAUCCUACAUACGUGAAAUUUUAGAGGUAAUGAAUUCAGACAUACAGGAAUUUUCAAAAACCAAUCGAAGAUUUUGGCUCACAGAUAAGUUCAAAAUUGAUUUAUCUGUCCACAUAUUAGCAGAGGUUACGGGGCGAUUUCAGGAAAUGCAUGAGAAUUUCCAGAGGGAAAACGAUCCAUUAGUAUACUUCACCAGUAAGAAAGAAGAAUACUUCAACAGCUUCAAAAUCCGCUGCCAAGGCGCAACGUCCACAACUAUUUUCGUGGAUUUUUUGUGUAACAAACUGAAAGCAUCCAUUGAACAGACAGUUUAUGAUAAAGUUUGCAUUGACAUUGCAGGCAGGAUGAAGUCCACAUUUCCGGCAUUCAACGGAAAUCGAUCAAAAUUAGAAAACUACAUUCUCAUAGAUUUAGCGAAAAAGAAAGAUUUUAAAGCAUUUGAUGAAUAUAUUCACCAUCCAAAAGAACACUUUCAAAAAUACAUUACGGAAUGUGUAGAAGAAUAUUGCAAGGGAAAAGAUAAUGAAAUAAUUCACGAGAUGUUAAAGUCAAGUCUUGGGGAUACCACAGCUGCAAUUACUCGUGCAAUCAAUAAGGGAACGGAAGUUGUACAAAAAAACGAGUAUGAUGCAUCUUCAUGGCUGGAUACAUUUUGCACACAACUUGAUGACGUCAUCAAGUUCCCAAGACACACUUUGGACCAAGGCGACUGCAGCGACAUAACGGAUAUUGGAUUUCUUAAAGAAGAAUUAACAAAAGGACUAAAAACCGUGGUUGAAGGAUUAAAAGAUACAUUUUCUUCAGCAUGCUUAAAUGAUUUACAAAACGUUCAGAACCAACCUCACGAAAUACUAUUUCGGCAGCUAUGUGGGUGCUGGGUGCAGUGCCCGAUGUGUAAAGCUAUCUGCACAAACACGAUGUUCAAUCAUGACGGAGACCACAGUGUUCCCAUUCACCGCCCCAGUGCAGUGAGUGGAGGAAAGUGGCAUAGAACUGAUCACUUUGUCACCGACAUCUGCACGAGUUUAGUUGCCAGCAACUGCAGCUUAGUGCUUCCAGACAGAAAUAUACCAUAUAAGGAUUAUCGUACAGCCGGACCAGAAUAUGUUUGUUGGAGCAUAACACCAGACUUAACCACACAGCCAUAUUGGAAAUGGUUUGUCUGCAAGUUCAAGUCAGACUUAGAAAAGCGCUAUAACCUAAAAUUUUCAGCCAAGGGAAAAGUCCCAUCAGAUUGGGAAUCUAUUAAAGAAGAUGAUGUUAUUAAGGAUUUAGAGAAUCUGUAGGUUGAUUAAUGAAACUACAAUUGAGCACCCUAUGUCACAGAUUAACUUAUGAAUAUGUGGCUCUGUUUCAAACUCUACAGUCUUUCAUUUUUAAUAUUUUUAAUAACAAACACAAUUCAUCAUCAAACAGCAACAUCUCUAAAAUGGCAUGACAUUUAACGAUCGUUACAUGCAUGCAUAUGUACAUACACUUAACUUGAGGCAUUGUGGGUGUUAUAAUAAACUGAUCACAUUAUGUGACACAAUUUUUGUUCCUGGGUAUUAAGUAUUAUUUCCAAAUUGCAUAUGGUUCAUAAAGAACAGAAAAUGGCUAUUAUUCCCCACAAAUUUUGCUUUUGUGACCAGGACAGUGAUAUUUUGAAAAUUACCUAUUUUCAAUUAGAAAACGGGCAAAUUUGUGUCUUUUCGUUCACAUAAAGUCAGAAAAAAACAACAUGAAUAAAAAUAGACAUGUUUGUAUACUAAAGUAAUACAAAAAUUACUACAAAGAUUUAGAAGUGAGUAGUUUUCGAGAUUCACGAUUAUACUGUAAAUCACUUUCAAGAAUCAGCCCCCAAAUGUCUCCCAUCAUGUUCUCGUUAUACUGUCCUUGGUAGCAGCAUUCAAUGUACAAUAUAUCCUGGUGAAAUCGCUCGCCUUGCUCCUCCGAGUAUGCUCCCAUGUUCUCCUUCAAUUUAUCAAGAUGAGCAUCAAGGAUAUGGAUUUUGAGGGAUAUUCUACAGCCCAUUGUGUGGUGGUUCUUCACCAGAGUCUCAACCAACUCCACAUAGUUUUCGACCUUGUGAUUGCUCAGGUAUCCACGAAUCACUGCGGCAAAGCUGUUCCAAGCCGCUUUUUCCUUACUUCUUGGGGAAUUCAUUGCACUCCAGGAUCUUCUUUUUCUGUGGUUCUUUGACUUCAGACAGCUUAGGGAAGAAGUCUUGAAGGUACUUGAAGGCUGCCAACUCCUUAUCUACGGCUCUAACAAAUUGUUUCAUAAGGCCCAAUUUUAUGUGCAGUGGUGGCAUCAGCACCUUCCGCGGGUUCACCAGUGGCUCCCAUUUGACGUUGUUAUUCCCUACAGAGAACUCGGUCUGCUGUGGCCAGCCCCGCUUGUGAUAGUGCGCCUUGGUGUCCCUGCUGUCUCAAAGGCAAAUAUAGCAGGGAAACGUGGUAAUACCGCCUUGGAGACCCAUCAGGAAUGCCACCAUUUUGAAGUCUCCGAUGACCUCCCAGCCAUACUCAUCAUACUUCAAGACGUCCAGCAAGGUCUUGAUGCUGUUGUAAUCCUCUUUGAGGUGCACCGAGUGAGCCAGGAGAAGAGACUGGUACUUGUUACCAUUAUGAAGCAGCAAAGAUUUGAGGCUCCAGGAUGAGCUGUCAAUGAAGAGGCGCCACUCAUUCUGGUUACAGGCGAUUCCGAUUGCCUCGAACAGACUGGUCACAUUGUGGCAGAAGCAGAGCCGAUCUUGACGGGUGAAGAAGCUGCAAAAAGGUUGGUGACGUUUCCUCUGGUCUGCAACUUGCACACUUUCAUCCAACAAGUUCCACUGCUUGAGCCUAGACGUCAAAAGCUCGGCAUUGGACUUGGUGAGACCAAGAUCUCUGAUCAAGUCGUUGAGGUCUUUUUGGUUGGGUUAGUAUAGGUUUCUCUCCUCAGCUCCACCCCUGAAAUUGUCAUCUGGAUCUACAAGGUUUUCUCGCUCUUUGACUUGCUGCUCCCUUCUAAAGAUGGCUGCUCUCUCUGGAGCAGUGGGAACGGGGAGCACAUGGCAGUGCGGCACCGGGGCGAGUAAUGAAGGAAGGUCCGGAUACGUGAUAGCAGGUGCAUUCUUGUCAGUUCGACGUUUGGAAUGGUCCACCAUGCAGAAGUAGCAGUUGCUUGAGUGGUCAGUGGGUUCCCGCCAAAUUCUUCGGAUAGCGAACUUCAUGACUCUCUUUUCUCCUCUAUGCCAUCCUACAGAAUUUUUAUUUCACACAUGACUAACGUGUAAGAGAUUCUCCCAACAUUUUUCAUGGAUGAUAUAUUUUUCCAAUAACAUUGAAAAUUGUAAAACAUUUUCAAAUAAAAAACUUUUACAAUUUAAUUUUUUUGUAACAAAUUUCAUAACAUAAAAUUGCGAGUUGUUUUGCAUUGCUCGCAGGUGAAAUGAGGUGCGCAGGGUUUGUCUUGAUCCCCGACAGGCAUGCCGAAAUAUGCCUUGUAGGCCUCACACAUCUUAGCAGAUGCUUCCACAGAGUACUUUGUCGCUCUUGUCUUGAUAAAUUGGCCGCAGACAUAGAAAAAUGCGUCUGCCGGACGCUUGCAGCCUUUUGAUGCCAUCACAGAAAAAUGCAGAUAUGUAUCCACUUAGGCAGCUGGAACUAAACUGAACUGGUAGGCUUACAGCCCCUCUAUUUAUACUAUUUAUAUUACUGGAAAGUUCAAACAUUUUCUAGAAGUAUCUCCAAGUUUACUCAGUACUGAAUCUAUCUGGAAUGUUCUGGAAAAUAGGUAAAUUUAAAAUGUCAAUGUCCUGGUCACAAAAGCAAAGUUUGUGGGGAAUAAUAGCCAUUUUCUGUACCUUUGACGCAUAACCAAUUAGGAAAUAACACUUACUGCCCAGGGGAAAAAAAUUGUUACAGUGUUAUCUGCCUAAGACGUGAAUUUUUUCGCGCAAAAUUAAUAUAUCCAUAUUUUUAAGUAAUCUGUAAAGAUAUAUCUACAAUCAUUUCCAAUGUGUUUAUUCCUCUAUACUCUUGUUUUGUUUAAACGUGCAUUUUGUUUGUGAUGCACUUCAAAUGUAAAUACAAAAUUAAGAAUAUAAAUUUUAAUGGAAGUGGUAAAUUACACAUCAGCUAAAUACUUGCUUAAUAUUAAAUUGUGUUUAUACUUUACAAUUUUAAAAUGAAAUCUAAAACCAUUAUUGCAUGUUUUAAUGGCAAGUUUGUGCUUCAAAUUCCCACAAAUACUCUCCAGCCUUGCGCUUUCUUCUUCAUGUUGGUGUCGGACCCCUAUUUCAUGAGGCAAAGCCUUCUCCCCUGGGUACUCUCUUCUAGAACUUUAAUCAGCUGUCCAUCCCCUCUAAUGAAUGCCUAAGACUGGUAUUUUGCCUCACAAUCGUUAAUUUCAGACCUUUAUGUUCAUUCAAAAUUGCUUCAGCAUUAGAGUAAUAAUAUAUUUUCAUGCGAUAGAAUAUGGCCAUUUGAAGUCAACUCCAAAGCUGAAAAGGUUCCAAUAUUGCGCCUUUUGGCGUCAUCUGGUCCAAAACCACGUGAGACUAGGCUUUAAGAAAAGCUGUUUCGGUUGUGGACCAAUCAAUUUCAAGGACAGUGCUACAUUAUCAGAGUUGUGUUUUUUGUUUGCAUUCCGACCGCAGGUAUUGUGGUCAAUGCAAACAUGACUCCUUGUAAAUAAAAGGUGUCAGUUUUGGGGCCAGAUAAAUGGGUAAAAAACCAAUUAUCAUAUUUUGCUACUGGCAAAGGAGGUUCCAAUAUUAUCAAGUAUUUCGUUCUCAGCAUGGAUAUCUGCCAAAUAUAACAUUUAAGUAAAUGUUGAAACAUCUUUACCAGUAACUUCUUCUUUGCUGCUUAUUUACCUUUACAGCAGCAAUUAUGUCUUGCUGAAUGCCAUUUUUCCCAUUAAAAUAAUGAUAUCACCAUUACGUACAAUUACCUCGUUUGCUCUCCAAUUAUACGUUCAGACCCACCUAUAACACAUAUCUGAGUAAAUACAACCGAAUUUCAGCAAGCCUCAGGGUACUGUAAAUCCAUAAUGGGAACAAAUACUUCCAAUGACUGGAAAGGCACCACAUGGGACGCACAAAUUAGCUGGGUUUACAAGGCUCAUAGAAUUUAUUAAAUUAAACAACAUUGUACUGAUAAACACCAUUCACCCUCACAAAUCAUCAAGAAGAUCAACGUAGCAUUCAUGUUGUGGUGCAUUUCACUACUGGACUGACGAUACACGAAUGUCGAACCAUUUUCAGUCAAAUAAACAGAGUGGAUAUUUCUCUGGGCAGACAUUGGAAGUGACGGUGGCUUAAUAAUGAUGAUGGUCACGAACAAACUAAGAAAUAAUUGCAGGGAAAAUAGCACGAGAGCGAAAUAUGACUUGGACAAGCUACAGAGCCGACAGAUCAAGGCAGAAUAUGAAGCAAUGAUUUGAAUAAGGUUAUCACCAUGACUAAUGUUAGCGCUACAUUAAGUUACGGAUGAUUCCAUGUAAUAUCACAAUAAGGGGCCAAAACAUGUUAUUAACAAGGCUCGGGAGUUAAAACAGGCCUGGGUGACUAAGGGGGAAUGUGCCGAAGUGAUUAGUCAUGGAAUUUGAAAUCCAAGAGACCUGAUGGAGAAGACGAAAGAAUAUUAAAUCAUACACUAAACAGCCCUGUCAGAACUGCCAAUGUAAACAAAUACAAAAUAAGGUCAAAAUCUGUUUAAGUCAUUCAACUAUUUUUUUCUCGACAGAAACAGAAGAAAGCUCUUGACACUGUUAGGAAACUCAUCAAAUAGAACCAGUCAAUAAAAUCAGCAACAUAAUAAAUACUUAGCAACUUCUUUGCAAAUAGUAACACAAAUUUACGCGAUCUAACCCAAAAAACCUCUAUUAUGGAAGAUAUUGGUCGCAAAGGCCUACGUGUUAAACUGAGUAACACAAACAGGCAGCCAAUAUGACUCCCUACAAUAUCAAUGUUGCUGAAAUCAUGUGCUUCCAAAAUGUCGUGUCGCUGAUGGGAUGUGAAAAAAUAUUCGUUGAAUGUUCAUAUUGAGGUACAGAUAUUGGAGAGAUGUGUAUUGUAACCCUAUUCAUUUUGGAAGUGUAUUCAAUUAAUUAUGUUAUGAUACAAAGUAGACAAUUGAUAGUAAGGUUGGCAGCAUGCUGUGAAAUAUCUGUAUAAGACCAGAGGAACUUAUUAACCACAUUUUAUAGGGCACAGUCGAAGUUAAGAGAGGUUGGACAAUGAUCAACAUCGAGCCUAAGACGUAAAUAUCAAAUGCAUACAUGUAGAUCACAAGAGACUGAUGAAGGUGGAAUCGGUUGAUACAUCACUGCACAUUACAAGUCACCUACACAUUACAAGUUAAAUAAACAAAACUCACAUUUCUUAGUCUUCAACCCUUAUGCACUCUAUUUCUCUGACCUCUGUUUGUGCUAUGAAAAAGUGCCGUUAUCACAAAUAAUCUGUUUUAUAUUUAUAAAAAUGUGUAUUUAUGGCAGUGCUAUUGCUUUUUUUAUGCUGAACGUUCAGUAACUGAUGAUAAUGACGAUAACAACAUUUUAAUACGUGGACAUAUAAUCGCACAGGUUGGUAAAUGUGAAGAAAAAAUAACAGUUUUGCAUACAAUCAAUACAAUUUCUUCGUUUAUGCAUCGAAGUCAAUAUGCUGUAUGACUUGAGGGGAGGACUUGUACAUUAGAAUGGUUUUAGGUGAUAUCCUUAUAAGCGUAUUAGCAAAUAUUGUCCACGCUGCCUACUCAUCUUCCUUUCCUCCAGAUCCAUUGUAUGUUAUUGCAAGGUCUACAUUAUUUUUAACACCACAAUUCGCAUAGCAUGAAGAUGGUUUUACAAAGGAAAAAACUGCAUAUUAAGUGGAACAUAUCAUAAAGAUCAAUGGCCAAAAGCAAACAACUUGAAAAUGUAAAUGCUGAGUGGAAGCCGGAUCAGGAAAACGACAAAUGCAGAGGUCCUAUAAAUACCAACGAAUAGGCUGAGAUCAAUAAGUAGAACAACACAUUCAUCAUCUGGGCAUUGUUUGGAAUACAGGUGGCAGGAAUUCCUCACUUUGAAGGGAUAUGGAAGGCGAUGAAUAAAACGACAUGGAUGGAUUCAUAAAAAGCAACGAAUAAAAGUGGCAUCAUUGCUGACGAAUGCUUCAGAAGGGUGGACGAGAGGAAAGAUCAAGUUCUACAACUGCCAACCGCUUCCAAAGACAACACAAAUGAUUGACUUUUCAUAUAAUUAUUUUACACGAAGCUUCAUAUUUUACAUUAACAAAUUUAAGUUAUUUGCGUCCAUUGCCAAUUUGGUCAUUGUAAAUAAGGUGCGUGAGCAAUUGGGAGUUGUUCUGGAAUUUGAGUUGUUAUUUUCGAUUGCAUGCAACUUCAUAUAUACAUAAAGAUUAUACUAUCUGCAUACAAUACAGGAAUAUAUUUCACAUAUUUAAGUCAUAUUUGCGAAGUGGAGUGUUGGCAUAGUGCUUUGCUAUCUGCCAUAUGAUAUUUGUUUUCUGUGUAUCUUAUAUUAUUUGGGAAUAAGAAUGUGAUUUAAAUAAUAUGGUUGGUAUUCCAACAACCAAUGAACUAAGGAUUGUUUGGAUGUCGCAUUUUUUUUGUUAAGCUAAUCUGGAUUGUGUAAUGUUUAUAAUGCUGAAGGGGUCACAGUUAUUUGUAUUAAUUAAUACUUGUUUGUAUGUUCUGGAGCAUGAGCAUGAUAUAGUGGCUGUGCAACUAGAUAGAAAACAUCCGUUUAAAAUAAUGUUUUCAAAGUCACAAUUCAAUGUUUUAAUGGGGUCAUAACUCUCGGUUUUAAUCAAUAAAUUUAUAAAAAUCAAAGGA